AUGGAGAGAUCUGACCAGCCAUCGACUCGAAGUGGCGAAUGCCCUUCUCCUCCCGCUCGGUCAUUAUCUAACACUAGACAUGACCAAACUCCCCAAGCCUCCAAAGAUUGCAGCCGUAACUCAUACGGCACAUUCUCGGACGUUGUCAAGGAACAACCCACUUUUGGAAGUCCAGAGGAUAUGAAAUAUCAAUUGAGAAUCUCGCCUCAAGGAGAGACUUCCGAAGGGGCGUCUACGCGACGGAUUGCUCCAUGUACCUCGCCGUCCGAAGUUUCACAAGGUGACUCAGAGGAAUCUGAUAAUGUCGCAUGUGCAGCUCUACACGUCCUAUGUUAA